GUGGAAGAACGGAUCUGAAGCUGUGACCUUCUGCGGCAUUGACCACUCAGAGUAUACUCAGGAAGUCGUUGUAAAGAGUCGUGAAGAGUCCAAAAUGCGCUGCGCAAGACGUGCCGGGUAAUAUGAAGGCUUCGACACAGGAUCCGUGCUCAGAGGUGGCCCCCGGACGACGCGCAGAUCAAUUGCCACAAGAGAUGGAUGAGCGGGAAGUACAGCAGCAGCGGCGCAGAGUUUGUGAUCGUCUAGCAAGUCAAGGGCACGCUGAGCGGGAUGAAGGAUGAUUAGCGCGCUCGUGGGUUGGCACGCAAUCCGCUUCAUCCAUGUCCACUGACGUAGAGCGGCCCGUUAUAACGGUCCGAGGUGGCACUUCCAAAAUUCUUAACUUGUUGCUGACAAUCACAUAAAUUCCGUCAUGGACGGUGAUGGUGGAGGUGGAGGUGGGCCGCUCAACGUGGGUGGCGUAGAUCGGCGGGGUGAAGAGCGCUCAUGCGCCUCUUAUGCUGCACAAGUCUUCUUACACCCCUCUCGCUAUCUGGAUCGCAUUGUGUGUACAUCACAUGGUCCUGUUAGUGUUCCGCCGCCUGUGGAAUCGGAACAUUCUGCACGAUGAUGAGCAUUUGCCGCGGAAGCUUGUCACUUUGGCUGGCCCCACUCUCAACCAGCUUUUGUCUGGAGUCAAAACACUGGCCUUAGGCAGCCGUGCUGCAUCCACCUCAUGCGUGCUUGUACGACAACCACUUCACAAGAACGCUCCCUUCUUAAUGGUCAUGUCUGAAAUUGCUGCGGCUUCCCUUCCAAAACUCAUACGUGGUAUCGCUCCUUUCUUGGGCAUCUGCGACGCAUUUCACAGGUACAACAUGUGUGGGAGGAACCAUAUGAGCCUGCCCUCCAGGACCCAUAUCAGCGAGAAAGUGCCAUCAUCAGCCGUCAAUGUGCAUGUUCAGAGCCGAUACUGCUAUCUCACCACUUUCCUUCAUCCUGUCCGGUCUACCCGUAGCCCAAUGGAGCGGAACGAGAUUGCUCCCAGCCAUGCGCUGGACGCUGAUGCUUUAUUGCCGUGAGCACUCAGAGCAGACAUAUUCCAC